AUGCCCCGCAAGGCUGCUGCCACUUCCGACACCCCUGUUGAGCCCCGCCGCUCUUCCCGUAUCAAGGACCAGCCCAAGGCUGAGCCCGCCCCCGCCGCAAGGCCCCGCGUGAAGAAGACGAAGGAGUCCGCCGAUGAGGGUGAAGAGAAACCUAAGUCUACCAAGGGCCGCAAGCGUACUGCUGCCGAAAAGGAUGGCGACGACGGCGAGGCCGCCGUCAACGGGGACGAGCCCCCCGCAAAGAAGGCUAAGCCGGCCUCCAAGGCCAAGCCUGCAUCUAAGCCCGCUAGCAAGGCCGCGGCUAAGCCUGCGUCCAAGGCGUCGCGCGCAGGGUCCGCGAAACCUGCGUCCAAGCCGGCCUCUAAGGCAUCCAAGCCACCCUCGGCCGCAAAGAAGCCCGCAUCGCGUGCUGGCUCUAAGAAGCCUGCGUCCAAGGUCGGUGCGGCUGAGAAGGAGAACAAUGCUGCUCCUGCUCCUGAAACCAUCGCUGAGGAGCCCGAGGAGGAGGCGGCUGCUGCCGACGCUGCCGAGUCCGCAGCCGAAGUUGCUUGA